CUCAUCAUCUCAGUCAUCUUCUUUCUUUCUAGCUCUUUAUUAACUUCACGGCCUUCUUAAGCAUCGAUGAUGGGGAGGAAAUGUCUGGUUGUUUUCUUCUUGCUCUUCAUUGUUCUCGCUUCACAAGAUAUGAUAGUGCCAAGUGAGGCUAGGGUUUGCGAGUCGCAGAGUCAUGGUUUCCAUGGGACAUGCAUUCGCGCCCAUAACUGUGCUCUCGUCUGCAGGCACGAGGGUUUCUCCGGUGGCAGAUGCCGCGGCUUCCGGCGCCGAUGCUUUUGCACUCGAAGAUGUUGA